AUUCUCGCCCAUUGCAUGUAAAAUGCGAUAGUGCACAAAGAGCGGAGAACACGAGAGGUGGUGUUUGGUCUGUUUGGUAGAGAAGACGCUGUGCCUGUGGUACGGUACCAGUACCGCUGUGUUACCUAUCCCAGAAGAGAAAGCCCUUCGUAGAUCAAUAUCGCGACAAUUACAACAUUAUUUUGAGGAAGACCGAUCCGAAGAAAGUCAAAGGAGUGGAUGCAAUUUUGUCCUUAAAUUCGUAGACUGACAUUUUAGCCGUGAUUACAGUAUGUGGCGUCUUGUUGCACGGAGGGGCUUGCACGUACUAACACAGCAGCAAUGGAGACGCAUGGUCACAAUAACGCAAGGGACGUCAAACCGCGGGCUAACGGCAGCCUUGGUUGGAGGCACAGCUGGCAUUGUGAUGGGUGGCAUUGUGUGGGAGAAGACAUUGAGAGCCAGCAGUAGUUCAGUUCAAGCACAAGACAAAGGGGAUGAAAAGAGCAUUGAUGAAGAUGGAGGAGAAGAAGAAGAAGAUGAGCCGGAUGGGAAGAAGAAAAGAAAAGGACCAGGCUUCAGAGAUAGGAGGAUCAUUGAGUAUGAGAACCGCAUCAGGGCUUACUCCACGCCGGACAAGAUCUUCCGUUACUUUGCUACCCUGAAGGUGUAUAACGAGGAUGAGGUCUUGAUGACCCCAGCUGAUUUCAUCCGGUCCAUCACACCAGACGAGAAGCAACCAGAUGGCCUAGGCCUGGACCAGUUUAAAAAGAUUGAUCCUAAGAAAUACAAAGCAGAUGAUUUCCAAGGUCUUGGUGAAGACAGUAUCUUCAGAUUACUUGGACAGUGCGGUCUCAUUUCAUUUGCUGAUUACAUGUUCCUACUCACUGUGUUGUCAACGCCAGAACGCCAUUUUGAAAUUGCGUUCAGACUCUUUGACCUCAAUGGAGAUGGCCAUGUCUCCUGUGAUGAAUUUACCCAGGUAACUGAUGUGAUGAGAGCACAGACUGCUACAGGAAAGCGUCAUCGGGACAGGAAGACGACAGGAAAUACGCUAGAUAAACCGUUCAACAGCUCACUGACGACAUACUUCUUUGGAGCUGACCAGAGUCGGAAGCUGACCUUUGAAGAGUUCAACGAGUUCCAGCGGAAGCUUAGGCUUGAUCUUCUUAAGCUUGAGUUUGAGCGCUACCAACCGGAAGACGGCCGCAUCACGGAGAAGAGCUUGGCCAAGCUUCUCCUGGUUUACGCCAAUUUGCCCAAGCAGAGGACAUCUCGUAUGCUGAGAAGAGUCAAGAAAAAAUAUGAAGACGAUGUUCAGGGUGUAACGUUUGAAGAGUUUGAAGCUCUGCAAGCUUUCUUGAGAAAUAUCAAUGAUGUGGACACAGCUCUGUCGUUCUACCAUGUAGCAGGAGCGGCCAUUGAUCCAGAGACCUUCAAGCAUGUAGCUAAGAUGGUAGCCAAUGUCGAUCUGUCAGACAGAGUGAUUGGAAUCUGCUUUACACUUUUUGAUGAAAAUGAUGACGGUAAACUCAGUAACAAGGAAUUUGUGUCCGUGAUGAAACACCGCGUCCAACGCGGUCUGGACAAGCCAAAGGAGCUCGGCCUCAGCAGGAUACUCGCCGCCAUGUGGAAGUGCGCGAGAAAGACGCAGAUCUUCGUUAAAGGGGAAGAGGACGUCACGCUCAAGCGAAACAUCUCCCGGGCCAAGCUUUACGCAACGAUAUGAGUAUGGACAAUGGUUGAGAGAGGAUAGCAGAGGAUUUGAUAGUAGCAGUAGAUGGACGACAUUACUUGUGGUUCACAUAAGCUUGACAUGGGAGAAAGCAUGAAGCGUAGCUUAACUAGACCUGCUAGCUUUAUCCAAACCUAGUAUGUCCCAAGCUGAUUGUACCCUAGCAGUUGAUCUGAACAGUAAUUUGAAGAGGUUUAUCAGCAAUAAGUCUCAAAUCUCUGAACAGUUUGAUCAGAAAAUAUUCAUGAAUAUUGUUAUGCGUUAUUAGUACUAUUCGAUGACUAAAAAAAUAUAGGAAACUAUAUAGAUACUUUGAAAUAUUUCAUCAGAAAAUAUAGAUUAAUGUUUUUAUCGAUGAUUAGUACUUUUAUGUACCUUUUUCAUUUAAUCAGAAUUCAAUUAAAGAAAAAAGUAUGUGAUGGUCUCAUCAGAAAUUAGUCAUCAGUGAUAUUAUUGGUGAUAAACACUCUUCAAUUUUUUUAAUUCAAAGUGAAAAUAGGAAGUGUUUGGACACUUCCUAUUCUGAAGACAGUCCGUAUUCUGAAGUAAGGUUUAACUUAAUAGACCAUGGUCUAACCUUGAGCUAAGAUUAUGGGAACCCAAAUAUGUCAAAAUUAUGUUUUCAUUGAAUGCUUCUAAUGUUCACUUUGCUCUUUCCUAAUUUUUUUUAUGGUGAAGACAACUAUCUUAUUCAUCCUUCCCAGACAAUUAAGAAUUAUUUGAGACUAAAAUGAGCUGAUACAUUCAAACUCUACUGUUACAGAAUUAUGGCACAAUAAGCUUCCCAUAGUUAAACCACAACUUUAAACCGGAGUUGAAGUUAAACUCAACUUCAGAAUACGGGCCUUAGAUUCAACCUGCCCACAUUCAGCGUGCAAUAUACUGUACAACAUGUAGGGGAGUGUACGAUACUUGAUUCUAUAAAUAUGAAUUCCAUGUACAUGUGGGGGGGCAGACCUUUGCUCAUACAGGAUCUUUGGCACGGAAUGCUCAUCCCCAUCCUGCUUUCACCGAUUAGUGAUGAUUGAAAUAGUUUUCAUGAUUAUAUCUGUUUAGUGGAGGGUCUGAUCAACUGGUUCUGGUUAUUUUGUAUUUUCUUACUUCUUCUAUAUAUCAAUGAUGAUAUGCAUAUUCUUUAAGUGCUUUCUUCCUGUUUUUGUGUUGUUUUUACUAGUGUGCAUCAAUUCAAUUUCAAUUCAAGAGGACAUGAUGAAUUAUUAUUUUUAUUAUUUUUUUCUAUCUCACUGUCAUCAUC